AUGUCGCAACAAUCAUUUAAUGCUGGGCAAACCAGAGGCCAAGCUCAAGAGAAGGCAGAGCAAUGGACUGAGUCUGCCAAGCAGACCGCACAAUCAGCAUGUGACAAGACUGCAGAUGUGGCGCUAUCAGCACGUGACAAGACUGCCAAUUUGAACCAAUCAACACAGAGCAAGGCUGCAGAUAAAUCUCAUUCCACCCGAGCAUCUGGCCAGGAACAAACCACUGGUAUUCUCGGUCAGACCGGUGAAUCUGUGAAGAACAUGGCUCAGGGUGCUUUUGACGGUGUUAAGAAUAGCCUUGGCAUGAACGAGAAGAAAUGA